CCGGAUUGCAAUACAGCCCAAGGAUUAGCAUAAAACCGCUUUUCAGACCAGGUACAACCUGUACGAGUUUGUGGUGAUGCCUUUCGGCUUUGCAAUGCUCCUGGCACCUUUCAGCACUCUAUGAAUCGGAUCUUUCAUGACGACCGGGAUAAGUUUGUUAUUGUGUACCUCGAUGACAUACUUAUUUUUAGUAGGACUGUCGAGAAGCAUGUUGCACACUUAGACAAAGUCCUCAGUCUCCUUCCGCAGCACAAGUUCAAGAUCAAGGCGGAGAAAUGCGAGUUUGGCCGCACCCGGAUCUUGUACUUGGGUCAUGAGAUUUUCGCGGAGGGUUUGAAGCCCGAUGACGUGAAGGUGGCCAGCAUUCGUGACUGGCGGAAGCCUGAGUUUGUGCUUGCGGAUGAUGUCACUCGCUCUUUGGUGGAAGCCUAUUGCGAGGACCAGUCCAUGUCUGAGAUCAUACGCAGACUCGAGGCGAAGGACAAGGUGACUUCUCUCGAGUUUGAGUUGGUCAACGGCUUGCUGUUCCUUGGGAAGGCCGGGAAUAAACAUUUAUGUGUGCCUAAUAAAGAGUCUUUGCGUAGUUUAUUUUUAGGCGAGAGUCGCGAUGCCCCGGGACAUUUUGGUUUCAAGAAGACUGCAGCCAAUCUGUUGCAGCGGUUCUGGUGGCCCACGAUGAUGAGAGAUGCCAAACUGUAUGUCGAGACUUGUCAAGUUUGUCAACGUGACAAGCCCCGGACACAGGCUCCUCUUGGGCUGCUCAAGCCCCUUCCCAUUCCGAAAAGCCUGUCCAUGGACUUCAUGGAUACGCUAGUCACCAGCAAGAGUGGCAUGAGGUACAUCUACGUCAUCGUGGGUAGAUUUAGUAAGUAUGCUAGGUUAGUGGCCAUGCCGGAAACAGCAAAGACCGAGUACGUUAUCAAGCUAUUUAAGGAGAACUGGGUCAGAGACUUUGGCUUGCCGAAGUCUACAAUCAGUGACAGGGAUGUCCUAUUCACCAGUGAACUGGAAGUCCGCAGCUGCCGAACAAGGAAGGCAGCUGCAGAUGACAUCUGGAAACCAUCCAGAGGCAAAUGGACAGGCAGAGAAAAUGAACCGCGCUGUUCAACACUUGUUAAGGCACUACAUUAAGCCUAACCAAGUGGACAGGGAUGAGAAGCUUGCUCUCAUCACCAGCCUGACAACAACGCAGUUCAUAAUGCCACGGGAGUAAGUGCUAACAGCC